AGAAAAAAGCCCGGCAGCAAUCAUCCCCAAAAAGAGAACAAAUCAAUCAAAAAGUAGAUUUUACUAAACCUGAUCAAUAUCUGACUCGAGGCCAGCCAGUCCAAGAUGAAAUCCGAUGAGAGUGUCCGUGCUUUGUUUCUGCAUCUGAGUUGCAGCUUCCGUGCGGUAUGUGCAUUUCAGUAUCUGUCAUGGAAUUGGUUCGAAAAGCACGGGCGGGCGCGCGGGUGUGUGAGUGUGUGUCGCAACAGAACGGGUGUGCAUGCGAUGCGCGCGCGCCGAUUGAAGGGGCCGCGCGGGCAGGUGAAGACCCAGUCUAACCGAAAUGGCAAAAGGGGCCUUUGUUUUGUUUUUGUCUUGUCCACCCAUGGAUUUACUGGCGGGCUUUGUUUCUUUGUGGUGGUGGAUGUGGAUCACUCUCUGGAUGGAUGGAUGGAUCUCGUUCUACGGGCCGGCCCUACCGGUACCAAAGAUGAAUUCGUUGUGGUUUUCUAGGUUCUCUGUCUAGGUGUUAUGGAGGGGAAGAGCAAAAUACAAACAUGUGUUUAGGAUAAUGAUGGAUAAUAAUGAUAGCAAGCGAGAGAGAAAGCAAGCAAACAUCUAGGCUUGG